AUGAAGCUGCUUCUAGCUGGACUUGUUUUGACCUUUUGUGGGCUCAAGCUCAGUGGACGCCAAACUGGAAAAAAAAACUCAGACAAGUACUUUCACGCUCGGGGCAACUAUGAUGCUGCCAGGAGAGGAGCACCAGGGGCAGUAAGGCCGGGAGAGGGUUCAGGGUUCAUGGCGAGACACGAGACUCAGCAGCUGACCAGCAGGCUACUCCGCUGGGGAC